AUGGCUUGUUUCGUUGCGCUCUUGUUCGCCGUGCUUUUGAGUGCUCACGCCGCUUCCGAUUCGUCUUCCGAUUCGAACAGCAGCGAAUGCGACGAUGACAGCAGCAGCAGCAGUGGAGGAAGAGGAAGAGGAGGAAACGGAAGGCACCGACACCAUCACGGAGGAGUGAGACACAUCCAUUUGUUACGAUUUCACUUGAAGAUGUUCAGGGAAGCUCCAACUCGGGAUGUGGCACCGGAUGGAAGAGUUUCAGCCGUCCGAACGGUGUCUGGUGCCUGAGGGUACACUAAUCCUCGUUCGCAUCUCUUUUAUCCCCCUUUCAGGUCUACUCCGGUGCCAAUAUCGAUUACGCGGACGCCGUCAGCAACUGCGUCAACCAUGACGCCGUUCUUUCUGGAAUUCAGGACGCAACCGAGAUGGCCUACAUCGCUCGUACACCCUUUGCUCUUCACCCCAAACUCUGAUAUUAUCCGUUUCAGAGACCGCCUCUUCGAACCUAGCCUCUAGCACCGGAUCUUUGUGGAUCGGGGCCCAGAGAACUUCGGCUUGCCUUCAAAGCAAACUCACCUCGACUUGCUCAAAGACUGUGAGACACGGAACAACUCGAGUGCUCUAACCUUCUCAUUAUCAGACCUCCUUCUACUGGACCGACAGCUCAACGAGCGGAACCGCCGGCUUCUCCUGGCUCGACGCCAGUCAACCGGACAAUGCUCUCGGGUCUCCAGCGACCCUUUUUAGCAACAAAAUCCAACCGAAUUUCAGAGGAAACCAAAACUGCGCCUCGUUCUUCUUCGCCUCCGCCAACACCGUCGUCAACAAUGUCAAUUGGUUUCCCGGAGCGCUGGAUGAUGUCAAGUACGGUUUUCAAAAAAAAAGUGUAGUCUCUAAACAUGCGAUUUUCAGUUGUGUGGCGUCUGCUCUCAGCAGCAUUCCAGCACGCACAAUUCAAGGAUACCUGUGCGGAAAGAGUCCUUCUUCUUGA